UCCACCUCCACAUUGUUCAAAUGUAUUGAGAAAUGAGAGAAAUAAGUGAAAUGCUAUGUAAUGUGACAGGAUAUACAGAGAGAUAGAAAGAAAAAUGAGUGAAAAUGAGAUGCUAGAAAAAGUGAAGUGUGAAUAUAUCAUUACUCUUGAUAGAAGAGAGAGAGAGAGAGAGAGCAAAAUGCCCGUGUAGUGUAUUAAUCAAAAUCAAAACUGAAAUGAAAAAUCAGUUUGGCGCCAUCCCCCUCCAUUAGCAUUUAGCAGAGAAGAGAAAAUGUACUUGAGCAGCGAUUCACAGAGUAUGGAUGUUGACGACGAGGGCGAAUCACAAUCACAAUCACAGCGGUGUUGCUCUCAAGGCCACCGUUCUUCUCUGAAUCUUCCAACACACCAAGGUGGCUCAAUCUGCCUCGUAUGUUUCUCCAACCUCAUCUCUAACCCUCACUCCCCAACCAUCCAUGUCUCCUACGCUCUCUCUCACCUCUCUCGUUCCCUCUCCUUCCCUCCUUUCCUUCACUCCAUCCUCACCUUCCACCCUCACUUCCUCCUCUCCCCUCUCAUCACCGCCCUCUCCUCCUUCGACGACGACCCCGUUGCCGAACAACUCAUCCAUCUCGUCCUCGCUCUCGCUGUUUCCCCUCAACAACCUUCCAUCCGCCGUCAAUUCGUCGCGAGAGUUUCCGAUCGCAUCUCCUCCGGUGCUUUGGGUUGGAGUCCCCGUCAAUUGCACAUGCUUCACUGUCUCGGCGCUCUUCUGAAUUGUGAGAAGGAUGAUGAUCUCCAUGUCCACAUCAAAGAUAUAUAUAGCCUCAUUUCCGUUCUUGUUACGGGACUUCAGUUGCCAAGUGAGGAGAUUCGCGGGGAGGUUCUUUUUGUUCUUUACAAACUGUAUUUUCUCCAAAGUAAAUCGGCGGAGGGAGAUGGGAGUGAUAUUUUGAUUCGCUUUUGUCCAAAGCUCCUGUACCUGUUGACAAAUGUUCUCAUGAAGACUCAAAAUGAUGAUGUUCGCUUGAAUUGCAUUGCACUUUUGACUUUGCUGGCACAAAAGCAUUUGCUUCAGGAAGAAUGUGCAUGUGAUUCUAGUUACAUGUCUUCCUCUGGUGGAGUUAACUACAAGGAAUCCGAAGAUGGAGUCAAUGGAUCAUCUCUGGUUAAUCUGUUUGCUGAAGCGAUAAAAGGCCCAAUGCUCUCGUCCGACAGUCAAGUCCAAAUCAGCACUCUAGAUUUACUCUUUCAUUAUUUGUCUUCAGUUGGAACUUCAGGCAAUCAGAUUCAAGUCUUGGUGGAAGAAAAUAUUGCAGAUUAUUUGUUUGAAAUAUUAAGAUUGUCAGAGUAUAAGGAUCCAGCAGUGAAAAUGUGCCUUCAGCUACUAGAUCUUUUAUCAACUGCAGAGGAAGUCUUUAAACCAAGGCUUGUUGUUGGGUUUUCAACUUUGAUUCCAGUACUACGUUACGUGGCUGAAGUUCCUUUUCAUCCAGUCCAAUAUGAGACACUGAAGCUAAUUUUUUACUGCAUUUCUGAGUUUCCUGGAGCUGUAUCAACUUCUCAGCUGGAGGAACUGGUUCUUAUUUUGACAAGAAUGUUCAGAAAGCAUUCUGAUGGGGAGAUGGGUAUAAUUCCCGAGACGUUCGCAAUGGCCUGCUCAGUAUUUGUCGCUCUUAUAAGAUCUCCAUCUUGUAAAGAAGCAUUAGAUCUGUCAAAAUCAAUUGAGGAAGCAAUCAAACAUGCCAUUUCAGCUUGCCUUUAUGUCUCUGAAAGGAAUAUCAACCAAAUAUUGCAAUGCUUGUACCUACUUAAAGAGGCAUAUGCAUACAGUCAUGAUGGAAACUCCACCAACUCUAGUAUACUGGAACUUAGAUGCAGCAUUCUAGAUAUAUGCAGAACACGUUUACUGCCUUGGCUUCUAUCGGACAUCAAUGAAAUGCAAGAGGAAAUUGUCCUCGGUUUGCUGGAAAUUUUUCAUUCUAUACUGCUUUUGCAUCCUAGUAUUGAUUCCACAGAAUUUGCAGAGACUCUGAUUUCAUCCUGUUGGUUCAGUUUCUCCUAUGGAUGUCUGGGCUUGUUUACCGGAGAUAGGAUGAAACAUAGAAUAUAUUUGUUACUUAGUUCACUCAUGGAUUCUCUACUGGGCAUUGAUUCUGGACAACCAGUUAGAGAUGCUGCUUUACACCUGCCUUCUGACCCUGUUGAUUUACUCUUUCUGCUGAGGCAAAGGAGUACCAACCGUUCAGAUUUUCCUUCUUGUCAGUCUGCUGCUUUGCUGAUUAUGUACACCAGUUCACUGUAUGAUGAAAGACUUGCAGAUGGGAAAUUGGUUUUAGCUUCUCUUGAGCAAUAUAUUCUCCUUAACUGCGGUGCUUUUCAUAAUUGGGCAACAGAUAUUUUGACUGUGACGCGACUGGUGAAUCUUUACAGUUUGUUAAGGGGUCUUGGCAAUAUGGUCUACCAAGUUCAAUACAGUCGAGAAGCUGAGGAGAUUAUAUUCCAGCUGAUAAACAAUGGUGAAUGGGAUUUACUUUCUGCAAGAACUCACAUAGUAUCUCUGAAGUGGUUGUUUCGACAAGAGAAUAUAGUCAAAUCAUUGUGUCAUCAGAUUUUGAAAUUCUGCCAAAGCUAUAACUUAGAAGAGGCUGACAUAAUUAUCGGAAACAAUAGCCAAACUAUCAAUGUACAGACACUUGCAGAGUUAGUAUCCACUGGAGAAAACUAUGGAGCUAGACUUUUCGUAUGCUUAUUGGCACAGCUAUUCGAGGAAGAAGGCCAGGAACAUGAGAUGAUUUCUGUUUUGAAUCUCAUGGCAACUAUGGUUCAUGUCUGUCCAGCUGUUUCUGACCAACUAUCUUUGCACGGAAUAGCGGCAACAAUCAAGACUUGGUGCUUCUCGACAACAACUUUCAUGUCCAUCUUGAUUUUGGCUUUUAAUAUUUUGAGUUCAGCGCAUCCUCAAACACUAUCUGCUGAUCAGAGUUGGGUUGCAGUAACCAUGAAGAUGAUUGAGUACUCUAUUCCAGCCACAAUGGCUGAUAUAUUAAGUCAUGAAAGUCUCUUCGUUAUUGGCAUUCUUUCCCUGAUUUUGCAUCUUUCCACCAAUGAAGCACUUGAAGAUCCUUCGAAGUCCAUUCUUUUUAAUACUUGUAUAAUAUCUGCAGUCAACACUGUAGUCUGUGCAGCUUCUUCAAAGGGAGCUGCUUUGUCUGACCAUGAUGAGGGAACAAGCACCGGAGAAACUUUAAUAUUUGUUCUUUUACUCAAUUACUUCGCCGUUAAAAGCUUGCAUGCUGUCAUUCCAGGGUUUGUGGAUUGGCAAAGCUUCCUUGUUUCAACGAAUCCAUCAGAGCCACUAGCCUUCAUAGGCAUCCGUUGCCAUGAAUUGUGCAGACUUCUGCAUUUUGGUUCUUCUGUGAUCAAGAUUAUUGCUUCUUAUAGCUUGUUAGAGCUGUUUAACAGAAUAUCAGAUCAAAUAAACAGUAAACAUGAAGAGUUGAGAUGUAGCAUUGGGCACUUAAUGUCCAUAAGGAGUAUACUGGAAGGGCUGGUAUUUUAUAGCGACCUGAGAGUGGCUACAAAUUGUGCCCUCUGCCUGUCGAUGCUUAUGCGAUGGGAAAAUCAUGCAGAGGAAACAAAACUAUUAGGACAUAGCAGCUGGUGUAGAUUGGUUAUAGAGGAGAUGACAGUAUCUUUGGCAGCCCCUUCUCUAGCAUCACAAUCAUUCAUGGAGAGUCAAAGGCCUGCAGUCCUUAUAGCUAUUGCGUUGCUGAAACUGCAUAAAAUUCCACAGUGGGUGAGAUAUGUGUUUAAUAAUUCAUGCAUAUCUGGCAUACUUGAGAAUAUUGCUGCUACUAAUUUGAGCUCAGAGAUUUUGGUUUUAUUUCGAGAACUACUGAAAUCCGACUUCUUAAGUACCGAGCAAAUCACAACUAUAAAUCAAAUCCUCCAGGAAUGCAGAAAGCGCAUGUACACAAACAAUGCUCAGGAGGGUCUCCCAAAAGAACCAGUGAAGAGGAUCCUCACCACACCAGACGAUCUUGGAGACAUUUGUCGGUACCUCAUUGAUUUGAUGUCAUCAGAGACACAUUCAGAUCCAGAUUCAUCGGGAUUUAAUAAGGGCAGUAGAAAGCUCUUGGAAGAAAUAGAGCUGUUUUUCAGUACCUUGACCGUAGAUGAUGGUGGCAUUAGAUAGCUUGUGUGUUGAUAAAACUCUAGUCCACUGGACGCUUGGAUCUGAAUACUUACAAAUUGGUAAGCACGUCUAAAAUUCAUUGACAAGCUAAAAAAAUGAUUCUGACUAUUUAGAUUGAGUCUUGAUAAAGCCUAAUGUAAAUUCUGAUUGGCAAAGGUAAAUAUAUGUAAAAACGCUAAUUUUCUUGUAAUCUAUCCUGGUUAUUAGUUUUUGUAAGAACUGUUUCCAUCUAAUAGGAAUCUGGUGAUUGACAUUUGGUGUCAUCAGAAUAAACCCUUGAAAUACUAAAUGAAAUUCCGACA